AGGGGGGCCUGCCCCGCGGCGGGGAGGGGACACCGCACCCCGGCUCCCCGCGGCGGACACCCCCCUUCCCCUGUGGCAUUUCCACACGCGCGGGUGGCCCGGGGGCCGGAGGUCGGUUCGAGCGCUGAAGGGAGCGGAGGAGACUUGCUGAAGCCACCAGCCCUGGCCCUGACAGAACCGGGGCGCAGCUCCCCGGCGCCUUGUCCCGAUCAAACCCGGCGCCGGGCAGCGACCGGAGGGAAAAAUUCCCCUCAGGAGCGUUGGUGCGGGGCUGGAUGCGAUUGAGGCAGAAGUGCAGAGAAGAAAACAGUUAAUUCAUCAGUCAGCGGAACGCAAAGCCAUCAUCUCAAAGUGCUACAAACCAAAACACCCAGAAGUGUACAUUCUGCAGGUAGACAGUAUGUUUGGAAUCUAUUUUACACCCAAGGAAUUGCCUGACAGUUUAUUUUUGCAGUAUGAAGCCCUCUUCUCGGGAUGGCCCACAGUGCUAGAGCUGGACUGAAAUAAAACCAAAGUGUAGCAUAUUAAAACUGAAUUAAAAACUUUUACAGCAUAGCAUAUUCUCCAGGCAAGUUUCUGCCUGGCUUACAGCCAGAUAAGACUCAUUUUAUAUUGAAGCUGCACCAGCACCUGGUGCUGGGCUCAGAAUACCAUUGGUAAAUUAGACCUAACGCGUCAGUGCAGGAAACAGGGUCAGUGAGGUCUAAGAACAGCCACAGAAAUCAGCUUUUAUGGGCUUAACACCCAGAGGAGUUACUAGUGACUGUCAUCUGAAGGGGGGCAGCAGGCUGGAAAUGCAGGGUAGUCCUCUGUUGUGGGCUACUCUGCUUUGAAUUUCCCUCCGUUUGCCAGAUCCAAGACUUCCCAGCUGGAUAGUUACCGCAGAUCAACAGUAACACACAAACAAGCUCUCACAGAUUUCCUGCUGUAUGAUCCUUUAGUAACAAGGUCUGCCGUUGUCUGUCAUGAUCUGAGUGGGGAAGUGCUUAAAGCAGAGCAUAGUCGCUCUGUUGUGCUGAGGCCAUGACAAGAUGCUAAAUCUACUAGAAAAGACUUUGCACUUACCUGUUAGGAGUCCAUGCGAGCCAGGCUCUUUCCCGUCACGCUAAGGAUAAAUCUGGCCAGUUAUACUUAGAAAUCCAUGAAUUAGAGCAAGCAGCAACUUACUUAAACCACCAAGAAAAACACCACUUCCUGCCACAGAAGUAACCCAAGUGAUUCAUUCCUGGCCCCAGAUUUUCUAGAAAUCGUGAGAUACUGCACAUCACCGGAUGCUCAUCCCCAUGGCCUCCUGCGCUACAUUGAGUCCUUCUCAGAUAAGAGGAUCUAUCGACUCCCAGUGUUCACAGAGGAGUUCUGCCAAGCGUUUGUCGAUGAGCUGGAGAACUUUGAGCAGUCGGACAUGCCUAAAGGCAGGCCCAACACUAUGAAUAACUAUGGGGUUUUGCUAAAUGAGCUUGGGAUGGAUGAAACUUUCAUCACGCCACUGCGUGAAAAAUACUUGCAGCCCAUAACGGCACUGCUUUAUCCCGAUGUGGGAGGCGCUUGUCUGGACAGCCAUAAAGCGUUUGUUGUCAAGUACUCGCUACACGAAGAUCUGGAUUUGAGCUCUCACUAUGACAAUGCAGAAGUCACCUUAAAUGUUUCGCUGGGAAAAGACUUCACAGAAGGCAACUUGUACUUUGGGGAUUUCAGCCAGGAUCCUACCCCUGUGCCAAAGUACGUAGAGAUCGAACAUGUGGGAGCCCAGGGGCUGUUACACCGAGGAGGGCAGAUCCACGGGGCGCUUCCCAUUGCCUCCGGGGAACGCUGGAACCUCAUUAUUUGGAUGCGAUCGUCUGCCAUCCGCAACCAGCUCUGUCCCAUGUGCAACAAGAAACCUGAGCUGGUGGAAGCAGAGGGCUUUGGAGACGGGUUCACAGAAAGCCCUGAAGACGAUGUGCCCGAGACUGUGAAUCUCUGUUCCCUGUGGUAGCAGAUGGUAGAGCCUGAUUUCUCCAGGCCAAGUUGCCUAAAGCUCCUUUCUCACCUCUCAGACUGCACUAACAGACUCUUUGAUGGAUGCAUGAGUCAUGUAAGAAGUAGCUUUCGCCUUGGAAAGUGAUGCAAAACCAGUCCUGCCAGGGUUAGGGAAGCCUUUUGAUGGGUGAAAGAGCUGGUUCUCAGCUCGGAGGGCUCAUUCUCGGGCUGGAGGGCUGCUUGUAAGACGUAGAAAGCCUUAACACUUCGAUUCAAUAAAGGCUACAAUAAAGCCCUGCGCUUACCCCUUCUCUGCUGUUG